AUGAUGAGCAUACUAGAUUUUCCGAACGAAUUGCAGGUGAAGAUUUUCGGGCAAGUCCCCAACGAGUUGAAGACAACGUGCAAGACAUAUGCUAUUAUGUACAAUGAUUUCUAUCAACAGUUGUUUCACACACGGUUUGGAGAUGAGAUGAUGGAUCAGGUUGUUCAAGACAAACAAUACUUGGUUGAUUACAUUCGAUCUUUUGACUAUUGGCGGAAACCUAUCCGGCUUAUAAAUUCCCAUAGUAAAAGCACAUGCUACAAAGGAUUAGAUUGUGAAUUUAUAAAAGACUCAUGGAAACUAGUGUAUGGAAUAUACAUGAACCGGCGGAUUUAUUUGGACAGUAGAGACUAUGCAGUUGGUUCUAGUUCUGCCCAUGAUGGAAUGUACAGCGUCACAGUGGAUAAACUGAUUCGAUUGGUUCCUGGGUUGUACAAUUUAAGCAUUGGAGUAAUUUUGAAGACAUCAAGCGGUAUAAACUCCACAAUUUUCAAGAUUGACGACCAGUAUGGGAGACGACAGCUUGAAUUCCAACCGGCCAGCAAUUUUGGUGAAUUGGUGCCGCAUGAUAAGUUUGUAUUAAUCGAUGGGGGUAGUUUCCAAGUCCGUAAGCGGUCAUAUGAGAGUGGACAAAUUGAGGAAAUCAAUGCCAGCCACGAAAGGGUUGGCGGAGACAAUCUAUGUGAUAUGAGGUUGCUGGUAGAAGAGAUGGGGGUUUAUGGUACGUCGGGAUAUGUCUUAUCGUAUAUCGAUAUUAAUGCAUACCAGUUGAAGGAUUGCACAAUAAAUAGGGCCAAUGGCGAUAUUACAUGUAAAAAUGAGAAAUAUUGGGUAGCAUGGUGGAUUGAGAAUGAGAUACCAACGCCCGAGAACUUGGUGAAUGUAUUGCUUAAGAGGGUAUAUAAGAGCAUCGAAAAUACCCUUAGUGGAGAACAGAAUCUCAUUAUCGAAAAGUUACAAGUAGAUAUUGGGGAAUAUAACAAGAAAUUUUAUUCCAAGAGAAACAAGGAUGGUGAGCUAAUUGAAAGGGUUUUUAAGUUUACCACCCCAAGAGAUCGUAGGAGGUUUGAAGAAUGGUCCAGCAGUCUUCCACAACGUCAAGUAUAUGAGAACGAACCAUUGAAGUGGAAGAUGUCUACGAUUCUAGAGCUUUGA